AGAGCCCUGCUCUUCUCUCCGGGGGUCAGAGGCUUGAGUCUAAGGCAUAGAGCAUAUCAUGUUGAAGAUGAGCGGGUGGCAGCAAGCAAGCCAAAAUAAGAGCCGGAACCUGAGGAGAGAGUGUUCCAGAAGGAAGUGUAUCUUCAUACAUCACCAUACCUGAAAACAGACCUGAUCUGACUGCAGAGAUGGCAGCUGAGUCAUUGCCCUUCUCCUUUGGGACACUGUCCAGCUGGGAGCUGGAAGCCUGGUAUGAGGACCUGCAGGAGGUCCUGUCCUCAGAUGAAAAUGGGGGUACCUAUGUCUCACCCCCUGGAAACAAAGAGGAAGAAUCAAAAACCUUCACCACUCUUGACCCUGCCUCUCUGGCUUGGCUGACUGAGGAGCCAGGACCAGCAGAGGUCACAAGUACCUCUCAGAGCCCUUGUUCUCCGGAAUCCAGUCAGAGUUCCAGUCAGAGUUCCCCGGCUCAGGAGGAAGAGGAGGAAGACCAAGGAAGAACCAGGAAACGGAAACAGAGUGGCCAGUCUCCAGCCCGGGCUGGAAAGCAGCGCAUGAAGGAGAAAGAACAGGAAAAUGAAAGGAAAGUGGCACAGCUAGCUGAAGAGAAUGAACGCCUCAAGCAGGAAAUCGAGCGCCUGACCAGGGAGGUAGAGGCAACUCGCCGAGCUCUGAUUGACCGAAUGGUUAAUCUGCACCAAAGCUAACAGCUGGGACCGUCACGCCUCAUUCAGGCCACUACCUGCCUUUCCUUUCCCAGAAGUGGCUACUGACCACUUCUCACCAGUGCCAAUGAUGUGACCCCCCCCCACCACAUAUUCAGUAGGGAGAAGGCUUGGGUAGACAAAAGGGUCGGGUCUUUCUUGGUUUGUACAUAGAGAGCAUACAUUUAUUUAUUAAUGCCUGUAUCUAUUAAAGUGAUGUUCUAUAAGCCCA